AUGGCCUCCGUUGAUGAUAGUGUUACACUUUAUUCUUAUCCUUCCUACAGUCAAACAUUUGCUUAUCCAGAUACAUCUGAUAUGAAUAAUUAUGAUGAUCUUCUCAUACAGAAUAUAUUCUACAUUGGUAAAUCAACUAGUUGUCUCAUCACUACGCCUAUGUUUUGGACUCUACUUAUCAUUGGAUUAUGUUUUAUCGUUUGGCUUAUCAUGAUUCUUAUUAAAAAGUAUCGAUGUGAAAAAGUCAACCAUCAUCGUAAUACUGCUAAACAAUUCUUUAAGGGAAUAAAUAUUAUUACUGAAGAUGAACAAUGGAUUGGUGGAUUACUUUCAUUUGCUACCAUUGUACUGUUUUGUUUUGCCUUAUGGUUUGCCACCAAUUAUAUAAAACUUUAUCCAAUGGAAACAUCCAGUUAUGCUCGUGGUUCGUGCGAUGAUGCCUCAUAUAAUGCUCUAUUUGACAAUGCACUUCAAUUACCAUUGUCAAAUCCGGAUGGCACUCGAUGGCCUAUUUUUGAUAUGUUAGAUGAGCAACCAUUUACUAUGACAUUAAAUUUAGUUAAUACACGAGCUUAUUGUUCGAAUAUUAGUUUUCAACAAAAUCGACCAGGUGUCAAUUACUUGCGUCUACCAAUGACCACAUGUAUACUCCAACCCGAUAAUAUAACCCGAUCAGUAAGUGUCGCUUUGCCGGCACAUCGAAUAAAUGUACAGUUAAACAUCACUGGACCUUAUUUUGUUGGUGGAUUUCGUUUGUGUCUUCAUGGUCCUGGUCUUAUAAAAGGUUUCAAUAAACUGCAUGGUUUGGACAUGUGCCAAUUCUUUUUCACACCGAAUCAGACACUAGCACGUGCCGCUACAUUGUCCGUUGUGUUUAUUAAAGUUGUCAAUCAAACAAAACCUUUGCAUGUCGGUGACCUAUCUCAAUAUGAUGGUCGGUGGGCAGCAAUAUUUGCUGAAAAUUCACUUUCAGAUGAGAUGAUCUAUGAACAAGAUGGUACCUAUAUUCGAUAUAUGGUUCCACGUACAAUAUUAACAAUAACAUUCAGUGAACAGUCAUUUUUUCUUCAGAAUAACCAAAAACCUGUCGUUCGUAUUGCCGAACUUGCCUUUCAUACUUUACUUUUCUGUACUCUUGUCAUCGAAUUAUUUGCUUUGACUUUUCUCGUCUUAAAAUUAAUCAGUAAACCUUUUAUUCAUCUCAUUGGUUGCUGUUGGAGACGAUCAGACAAUCAAUCGUUCAAACUUCCAACAAUAUUAUCGAAAAAAAAAUAUGCAUAA